AUGUCAGUCGCUGGAGCUGCAGCGCCCCUCGGCGUCAAGGGUCGAUCAAUCUGGGCAGGCAUGGGUGCUUUCCUCAAGCAGCGCACGGGGCGCCUCUGGGACAGCUUCUACUACUCGCAAAGCAGCACAAAAUAUGUCAUGUGCUUCCUCUUCCCCGCUGGAAUCUUCUACACCCGCUUCCGCGCCGACACCAAACUCGGCUACCACGUUUUUAUCAACGAGGAGAGCAUCUAUCCGGACUACUCGCACAAGUACUUUGACACCAAAUGGACGAACGGCCGCAAGCUAUACCUGAGCGACGAGACGACGGUCGCGCAGCUCAAGGCGCAGAUCUACGGGCCUAAUGAAGUCCCAGCAGACGUGAAAGUCGCCUGCCGCGGACGCGUCUUCGAGGACACCGACAACGUCGCCAUGGCCGUCCGCGCCUUCUGCAAGCGCGACCCGCGCCUCCUCCUCUUCAAGGACGAGCUCUGA